AUGGCAACGCUACCUCGAGCCAUCAAAUCAACCUCUAUAGUUUCGGGCAACGAUACGUGUCCACGUUCUGACACUCCCUUUGACGUUGGAAUAAUCUCUUCCAGUGCAUGGACAGAGCAUUUGGAGUGCUACUCAUUAUCAGACGAUGAGCCUGAGCCGGCAGAUGAACAUCAUGAACUGCAGCCUGUCGAAGAGCCCGUCAAAGCAGCUCGUGCGCUCUACAAGUUUGAAGGAAAGGCUGAAUUCAGGGAACUGACCGUCGAGGCUGGAGAUGAACUGAACAUUUUGAAGGAAGAAGUCGGCGAUGGUUGGAGUUUGGUGAGAGUGAGCUCUGGUGAAAUAGGGCUGUUACCUCAGACAUAUUACACGGUGAGUACUGAUCAUACUAAUCGCUCGAUUUUUCUUUCUGCACCGUUAGCCGUUCAUGCGAGAAACGAGCCAUCUACCAGCACGAUCACUCCCAAAGCAUCUUUGCAGCAUCAAUCGAAGCCACUUUCUAUCGUCCCUCAGGAUACUGGUGAAUGGACGAACCCUCUCCCAAGUUUCAGGCAAAGCCUUCUUAGAGGCAAGACUUUGAAUCGGUUCUCCGGGUUCGUGACAAGCGGUGCAGAAGAGUGGGUUCUCGAGGGCUAUGUCGAUCCAGUCACUUCAAGUUCAUCCUCUUCACACCAGCGGAUUUCUACGGAAGACUCCAUCAACGAUGAUAAUAGGCUCAGUAGACUUGGGCUGGAGGAAGCAGACAGGCACUAUGUUGACGCUGGCCCUGCGUGGCAAUCUAAAGUUCCAAAGUUUCGAGUCUUGGUUCACUCGCCUUCGAAGCGCACGUCGGGCCUUUCAGGAGCAUAUACCAUGUAUAGUGUCACUUCACUGUUUUCUUCGGCUACAGAUGAAUCAUAUGAUCCAUACAUCCCACCGAUCUCUCCUACCCGCAUAACAGUUCAACGGCGGUUUUCUCACUUCAUCGUGUUACACACCUCGCUAACUAGACGUCUUCCUGGUAUUGCACUCCCACCACUUCCUGAGAAACAGUAUGCUGGCCGGUUCAGUGCUGAUUUUGUCGAGGCUCGUAGAGGCGAACUCGAGAGAUAUAUUGGGUGUAUUGUGAGGCACCCUGUUGCACGAUAUGCAGAAGUUGUCACGUCUUUUCUUGGUUGCGAAAAUGAUGCGGAUUGGAAACGGAUUAUGCCCCAAUUACUUUCAAUGCCUGCGGCUGGGCCUUCAUUCUUCGCACAUGUUUUUCAUCCCGCAUUCAACGUAGACUUGGACGAUGCCACAGAAGUAAUCGAUCGCUUCAGUCGUCACACCCUUGCAGUGGGCAAGAGCACGCAGAGCUUGAGAAACGUUUUUGGUCGCAUUCGUGAAGUGAGACUAGAGAUGUCGAAAGCCGAACGAUUGUUGUCGUACUCAUUAUUGUCGCUGAUCACGUCGACACCUUUGUCUUCUACGCCCCUGGGGAUUAACGAAGAUCCGGGGGACACUCCUCAACAGAGAAACGGCCUCUUGAACGAAGAAGGAGCUUGGUGUUGGCGUGAAGGCUGCCAAGAUUGUCUGAAGCUCACAAAAGCGAUGCAGAAAACAUCAGAUGGUCUGCAGAUUGUUGCAGACCUGUAUGACGAUCAUGCCCGGCGUACCCAGCUUGCAACUCACGACGCCUUCAAGAGCGUUGCUCAUCCAUACCAAUUGUAUGAGGGAAUUGUUGAAACCCACCAAUCUACUGUUUCACGAUAUAAAGAUGCUCUCAAAUUGGGCAAGUCAAGCGAUGAGAUGGCCGCACGCUGCGAAACUGUCUUGAACACUACGAUGGCUGAGAUGGAUACGUACCACGACCAGAAAGUGGAAAACUUUAGCACAAUAACGAGGGAGCAUCUUGAUGGAGAGAUACACUUUUACGAACAGGUCCUGCACAAGUUGAAGGCAGCCCGGCGCACCUUCGACGCUCCGCGUUUUGACGAGCUGAGCAGGUCACCUCGUCAACCUUCAAGACAUGAGCGGGAUUUAGAAGCCCCGAAGCUGAAUCCUCCACCACUGCCACAGCCCUGUCCUCAUGUCUAUGACUCAGCGUCUACUAUGAGGCCAGUGAAUACGGCAAUACACAAGGGGAUCGGAGCACUACUAGGAAAGUCCCAGCCUGGUAGGAAAGGGAGUCUUUUGGGAAGAAUGUGG